AUGGCGGAAGCCGGAGAACCGCAUGAGGAAGAGCGUAACUGGUUUGCCAAUUAUCUUCCGUCCGUUCGAGGAAGGAUUGUCGGCAUGGACGAAGCAGGCCUUAAUCAGACCGAAAUUCAAGCUGCGCUAGGAUACAAUAAGAAAACCGUGAAGCUGUGGAUUGACAAAUUCCGCGCCGGGGGUCACCAAGCUCUUAGUGAUCACCGGAAAAAUAAUAAGCGGCCGUUGAAAACUACAGGAGAGGAAGACGUUCGGCUGUGUCAAGCCGCGGAAAAUCAUCCUUUCAUGACUAUUGCCGCAGCAUUAAAUGAGACAGGAAUUGAUAUAAGCGUCAGUACGUUUCGUCGAAGACUGAAAAGUGUCGGACUAUCUGCCCAUCGGCCAAAAAAGAAAACACCAUUGACGGAGGAGCAUCGCCGGCAACAAGUCCUGUUUGCUGAAGAGCAUUUGGGAUGGACGCCAGAUCAGUGGGCUCCAAUCAUAUGGUCCGAUGAAAAGGUAUUUAGAUCUCAAAAAUGA